UGCUGCGCCACGGCGCGAACCUCAGCUUGAGUUAGCACUAGGCGAAGAAGUGCAGAGAGCGGGAGCCAUGGUGCUUCUUCCCAAGCCAAAAAUGCCGUUUCUUGUACUGCUGCUCUUCCUCGGCCUCGGCGGCCUCCGCCCCGCGACGGCGGCCGACGAGCAGUUCGUCUUCGACGGGUUCACCGGCGCGAACCUCAGCUUCGACGGCAUGGCGACGGUGACUCCCAACGGGCUGCUCAUGCUGACCAACGGCACGAACCAGCUCAAGGGCCACGCCUUCUACCCGGCGCCGCUCCAGUUCCACAGGUCGCCCAACAGCACGGCGAUGCAGUCCUUCUCCACGGCCUUCGUCAUCGGCAUCAUCGGCGCGUUCGAGGACCUGAGCAGCCAUGGCAUGAUGUUCAUCAUCGCCAAGAGCAAGAACUUUACCUCCGCGCUGCCGGGGCAGUUCAUGGGAUUCGUCAGCUCCGCCAACAACGGCAACGCGACCAACCACCUCUUCGCGGUGGAGUUCGACACCAUCCUCAACUCGGAGUUCAACGACAUGAGCGGCAACCAUGUCGGGAUCGACGUCAACGGCCUCAACUCCGUCGACGCCGACAACGCGGGGUACUACGACGAUGGCACCGGCGAGUUCAAGAACAUGAGCCUGGUGAACCGCAGGCCGAUGCAGGUGUGGGUGGAUUUCGACGGCCAGACCAUGCAGGUCAAUGUCACCAUGGCGCCGCUGGAGGUGGCGCGGCCAAAGAAGCCCCUGCUGUCCAAAAUCGUCAACAUCUCCGACGUCAUCGACGACACCGCGUACGUCGGCUUCUCGUCGGCGACCGGCAUCCUCUUCUGCCGCCACUACGUACUCGGCUGGAGCUUCAAGAUGAACGGCGCCGCACCGGCGCUCAACAUUUCCUCCCUGCCCUCCUUGCCGGUCACGUUCCCCAAGCCGCGGUCCAAGACGCUUGAGAUCAUGCUGCCGAUAGCCUCGGCGGUGCUCGUCUUCGCGGUGGCCGCCGCCGUCUUCCUGUUCAUGCGGCGGCGGCGCAUGUUCUCGGAGCUCAAGGAGGACUGGGAGGUGACGUUCGGGCCGCACAGGUUCUCGUACAAGGACCUGUUCCACGCCACCGACGGGUUCAGCGACAAGCGGCUCCUCGGCAUCGGCGGGUUCGGGCGGGUGUACCGUGGCGUGCUCCCGUCGUCCAAGGCGGAGGUCGCCGUGAAGAAGGUGGCGCACGGGUCAAGGCAGGGGAUGAGGGAGUUCGUGGCAGAGGUCGUCAGCAUCGGCCGGCUCCGGCACCGGAACCUCGUCCAGCUGCUCGGUUACUGCCGGCGCAAAGGCGAGCUCCUGCUGGUCUACGACUACAUGCCCAACGGCAGCCUCGACAAGCACCUUUACGACCAGGGCAAGAUCAGCCUGAGCUGGGGGCAGAGGUUCCGCAUCAUCAAGGGCGUCGCGUCCGGGCUGCUCUACCUCCACGAGGACUGGGAGCAGGUGGUGGUGCACAGGGACAUCAAGGCCAGCAACGUGCUGCUCGACGCCGACAUGAACGGCCGCCUCGGCGACUUCGGCCUGGCGCGGCUGUACGACCACGGCGCCGACCCGCACACGACGCACGUGGUGGGCACCAUGGGCUACCUGGCGCCGGAGCUGGGGCACACCGGCAAGGCGUCCAAGGCGUCGGACGUGUUCGCGUUCGGCGCCUUCAUGCUGGAGGUGGCGUGCGGGCGGAAGCCCGUGGCGCAGGACGCGCGCGACGGCCGCGUCGUGCUGGUCGACUGGGUGCUCGACCGGUGGCGCGCCGGGGCGAUCACGGACACGGUGGACCCGCGCCUGCACGGCGACUUCGUCGAGAGCGAGGCCAGCCUGGUGCUGCGGCUGGGCCUGCUGUGCUCGCACCCGCUGCCCGGUGCCCGGCCGGGAACGAGGCAGAUCGUGCAAUACCUCGAAGGCGACGUGCCGCUGCCGGAGCUGUCGCCGACGUACCAGAACUUCAACAUGCUGGCGCUUAUGCAGGACCAGGGGUUCGACCCCUACGUCAUGUCCUACCCGAUGACUUCCACCAGCGCCGGCACCUUCUCUGACCUCUCCGGAGGGAGAUGAGGCCGUUCUCGUCAGCUGAAUACUAUGUAGUUAAUCCAUGUCUAUAACUAAGUUCCCUCCUGUCUUGUUAAGAUCAGUGUCGGUAUCCUUGGUGUAAAGUGUUAGAUCAUGAGUUGAGAAAUAACCGAUCGAAAGUAGAGGUUUCGAGUGUUACCUCCAACUAUAUUUUUCUCCUCUGUUCACAAUUGAUUUAUAACUACCGUCUGCACUCUUCCCGUACUCUCGAAUCUAAUGUAACCGGGAUGACGAAACCCCUCCCAAUCACCAAAUCACUGAGCAUAAAUUGGGGAUCCGGGGAGUCUGCACUUUGCAGGUUCCGUAUCGUGAUAAGUUCCAGUUACUAGAACAUUGAUAUGUUUGCAGGUUUUUCAAUAAAGGGCCAAAAUUUCUGAAUAAACUUGCUUCAGUGAUUCCUUGAGGUAAGCCUCAAAA